GUGUAGUUUGUGCAGUCAUCAAUAAUGAAACGAUUUAUCGUAAGAUAUUGGUAAAACAUGUCACGUAUUAUCAGUGGCGCUGCUUUACCUGUUUGUGUGCGCCGAUAAAACUUAUUAAUUCUUUAAAAUAAAGAAUAAUCGUGCAUGAGGGCGGCACAAAGACUUAGUUUAGGCUGUUGUGGACCGACUUUUUCGAUGGCAGACGUGCAGCAGCAACCGAAUGGGUCCCCGUCUAGAGGGGAAACGAUAUGGUCUUAUCAAUUUCGGAUUGUACUGAUUGGAGACUCUACUGUAGGAAAAUCAGCGCUGUUAAGGAGAUUUAGCGAUGGAGAUUUUUUAGAGAUCUCAGACCCCACUGUGGGUGUCGACUUCUACGCCAGAUUGAUUGAAAUUGCUCCUUCAAUAAGAAUUAAAUUACAGUUAUGGGACACUGCUGGACAAGAAAGAUUCAGGUCAAUAACAAGGUCUUAUUACCGCAACUCCGUUGGAGGCGUCCUAGUCUACGAUGUUUCAAGUUCAGCAAGUUUCUCUCACAUAGAGAGGUGGAUGGAGGAGGCCAGUGCUCAUGUCGCUCCGAGAUCGAUUUUAUUCAUUCUUAUCGGACAAAAAUCGGACUUGGAAGAGGAAAGAAAGGUAACACAAGAGCAAGGAGCGUUAUUUGCACGGAAACAUAAAAUGCCUUUCAUUGAAACGUCUGCAAAGACUGGAUAUAAUGUUGAGGAAGCUUUCCAUGUGUUAACUGAAUGUAUAUAUAGGCAGCUACAGUCAGGAGUUAUCACAGCUGAAGAUGGCUGGGAAGGAGUGAAGUGCUCGUUGCUGCCAAGUCCUGUAUAUAGCCAAAGUGAUGAUAUUGACUCUUCUACAAAGAAGAAAUGUUGCUGAUGUUGUCUUGUGUUUUUAUCGACAGAAUUUAUGGUUCAGUGAGAAAGGUAUAAAACAGAAUUUCAUGAGUUAUGCUUGAAUAAGCAAGGAUUAUUCAGGGUACAAAACAAAACUGUUUUUAGUAUUUGCUUAAACAUGAGAGCAAUGGUCACGAUUCAAAAAUUAUUUUUCCCUACCCCCUCACCUGUAGUGUAUUAAAUAAGUUGGACAAAACCAAAUAGUAAAUCCCAGUCCUUUAUGUAUUUUCUUAAUUAUUAGUGGAAAACAUAAAUCACGCGAUUUCGAAAGAAUACAUAAGAUCAGGGAAACAUCGCCUUUGCAUAACAAUGUCGACUAUAAUCGUACGACCC